AUGGCAUUUCAAUCUCCAUCCGCACACCGAUCAGCGCGGAGUACCCCUGCCGCCAACAUCUCCCCUUUCAGUGUUCCAGAAGAUAAUGCUGCUAUCGACUCCCCGGCAGGCCUAUCACACCACGAUGUCCAAGAAGCAAAGGUCCGGGAAUCUGACUCAGACACAGCCGUGCCUGCUCGUAACGACAGCCACGAUGGUCUUCGCGCACGCCCGCCCUCUCGCCUCGGCUCUGCAUCUGGUUCCAAAGCUAGACGGUACUCUUUCGACGACGGCGCCGGCCACCCUAUGAGAUCUCAAAGACCUCGGUAUCGUGAUGACUGGGAAUACGAAUAUGACCUACGUGACUACCCCACCAUGAGAGACUACGAGCGCAACUGGCGGGGUGAUUACCGCACUGGACUGGAUAGAUACACUUCCCGUCGGAGUGCUCGUCCCCCUCCUGCCAUUUUCAACAAUCGUCGUAACAUGAUGAUGAGUGGACAUGACUCAGACGAUGAUAUGUACCACGAAGAGAUGCGGUUUUCCAAGGACCCUUUCUACGAGAGCCCCCGUACGCGGCGCAUGGCUGACGAGGAGAUGGGAUAUCACUACCCAACUCCUAUCCGUCGUGAGACAUCCAGCCAACAAAACAGCUUCGGUGCGGGGCUUGCCCGUCUCGACUGGAACAACCUUUCGCCUAGGGAGAAGCGUGAGGUUAUGCGUCUACCUCUGACCGAAUGGAUGAACUCCGACGUGAAAAACCACUUCGUCGCAAGUCUUGGCGAGUUUGUCGGAACACUCAUGUUCCUCUUCUUUGCCUUUGCUGGUACCGAGGUUGCCAACAUUGGUUCUCAGUCUAACAGCGACAACACCACCACUGGCGAGGCUACCGGCUUUAGCGUUGCCACUCUGCUGUAUAUUUCUCUGUCCUUCGGUUUCUCGCUUAUGGUUAAUGUCUGGAUCUUCUUUCGCAUUUCGGGAGGUCUCUUCAAUCCCGCCGUUACCCUCGGCAUGGUCCUUACCCGUGCCAUAUCCAUCGUCCGUGCCAUCUGCCUCCUUAUCGCCCAGAUGGCCGGCGCGAUCGCCGCAUCCGCCAUCGUCCGCUACCUCUUCCCCGAGUCGUUCAACGUCCGUACGACUCUUGGCGGUGGUGCCUCGACAGUGCAAGGAGUGUUUAUCGAGGCUAUUUUGACGUCAGAGCUUGUCUUCACAAUCUUCAUGCUUGCUAAGGAGAAGCACCGCGCCACAUUCAUCGCACCAGUUGGCAUUGGGCUGGCUCUGUUCAUUUCAGAGCUUGUCGGUGUUCAAUUUACCGGUGGCUCGUUGAACCCUGCCCGUAGCUUUGGCCCUUGUGUUAUUACUGGCACCUUUGAUGCCGAGCAUUGGAUUUACUGGGUUGGGCCUUUCGUCGGCUCUCUCAUUGCCAUGGCAAACCCUGGCGCCGACGGCGAAGAUGUGCCCAGGAGCUCCGAGAAGCGCCCAGAGGUUCUUGUUGCUAAAGAGCAAGUCACAAAAGAGCCUUCUCUUCGCGAGUGA